AUGGCCUGCCCCGUCAACCACCCCGCUUUCCACGCUUUUGUGUUCCUCAUCGGCGUCCUGAUCAUGUUUGGAAAGUACGUCAAGGCGUAA